UUCAGUUUCACUCUACUCGGUCUUUUGCGACCUCAACCAGCGGAGAUGGCUACAUCCAGGUUGCUGCUCUUUACCCUCGUCCUCUUUGGAACCCUAGCUCUUAUCCAGGCGAAGAAGUCAAAGCAAGAUUUGAAAGAGAUUACUCAUAAAGUGUAUUUUGAUGUUGAAAUUGCUGGAAAACCUGCCGGUCGUAUUGUCAUUGGUCUGUUUGGGAAGGCCGUUCCUAAAACUGCGGAAAAUUUCAGAGCAUUGUGCACAGGAGAAAAAGGUAUUGGGAAGAGUGGAAAACCACUUCAUUAUAAGGGGAGUGCAUUCCAUAGGAUCAUUCCCAGCUUUAUGAUCCAAGGAGGUGAUUUUACACUUGGUGAUGGAAGAGGUGGAGAAUCAAUUUAUGGAGAUAAGUUUGCUGAUGAGAAUUUCAAGCUGAAGCAUACUGGACCUGGAUUUUUAUCGAUGGCAAAUGCUGGUCCUGACACCAAUGGUUCACAAUUCUUCAUAACAACUGUGACAACUAAAUGGUUGGAUGGCAAACAUGUUGUAUUUGGAAAGGUGCUUUCUGGAAUGGAUGUGGUUUAUAAGAUUGAAGCUGAAGGCAGACAGAAUGGCACACCUAAGAGCAAAGUUGUGAUAGCAGACAGUGGCGAAAUACCACUGUAAUUUUCCUUUUGACUCCAAAUGCAAGUUCUUGUAUUCCCGUUUUGCUUCUCUGUAAGACUUCUUAAUUUGAAGUACCCAGGAUCUUCUAAUUAAAGUGGCUCAAUAUCGAAUAUCGUAUGGCAAGAGAGAUGGUAGAAAGUAGAAAUCUUAUAUACUGAUGCAAUAGUGUGCGGGGAUAUGGAGGGCUAGGAUAGUAAUUUCUAAGUUUGAGCAUUUUCACAUGUAGAGUUAGCUUCACGCUUGUUUAUUGACGAUAAAGAGCAAAUGAAAGCUGAAUGGAAUAAUUUGAUUCGCAA